AUGAACAUAAAUCAUAUUAAUAAUAAUACUAGUAGUGACACAACAACAACAACAACUAUAGACAACAAUCAAGUAGUUGAAAACAAUUGUAUCAAUAACAAUAAUAGUAAUAGUAAUAAUAAUCAAGAGCAUAAGCAUCAACAACCACAAGAACAUAUAAAGAAAAGGUUCAAAAGUGAUUAUGAUCAAUCAUCUAAACAACAACAACAACAGCCAAAACAACAGAAACAACAACCAAACAAGCAAACCGAACAAGUACUACCAUCAACUCAAAAACAACAAAAAGAAACUGAUAGCAAACGAAUAGAGACUGAAAAGAUGAAAGCUGGUGUAAAAAUAUUAUCAAGUGGAGGAGGGUAUACAGAUCCCUCUAUCGUAAUCAUCUCUCAAGAAAAGAAAUACGUAUUCAAUCUUGGAAAUGGAAUCAAUCGACAGAAUACUAAAAACAGAUUCUUUGAUUCCAAUCAUCUGUUCCUUACUCAUUUCUCUCCAUCUACCAUGACUGAUUUCCCAAAUUAUUUACUAAGAACAAGAAGUGACUUUUCAGUAGUUGGACCAAGUAAUACAUCUCAUGCUAUAUUAUCCCAUCGAUAUUAUAUUGGGAGAGGGAAGAAGAGUAUUCACAUUACCGAAUGUACUCCUGAAAAUGAUAUUUGUCUAAGUGAUGAAAAUGUAUCAGUCUAUCCAAUUGUAUUAAAACCAUCCAAUGUAUUGUCCAAUACAACUACCUCACCAACUCCAUUAAAACAAAGAAAGAAAUAUAAUUUCAUUCAUCAAUUUAAAAAAGAGUUGGCAUCAAACAAUCAAUUCAAAUUAAAGGUUGGAGAGAAUUCAUCGCAACAAGCCAAAUCAUUCUAUGAUUGGACUUUGCUACGUGGAAGUAUUGUUCAUAGUUAUUCUGGACAUCCGUCAGUGACAACCUAUGAAAUCGAUCAAUACCUAGUGUAUCAGUUGAUGAAGUUGGAACAAGACAUUAAAAGAGAGGAUCGACUACCUUUUAGACCUGCCAACUACAAGGACAUCAAGGCUUAUUUGUAUGGACCACUCAUUGAAAGUGACCAACACAACAAGUCGUUCAAGAAUGGUACGAUUCGUGUGUCUCAACAACAAGACGAGUUCUUUGCCAUCGAGAGCAGACACUUUAGAUUGAUUCGAAGAAUCGAUAAUAUCACUCCCAUCACACUGCGUGAGCGUCACCAAAUGAUGAAGAUGCGUGCUAAAAAGUUUACAGAGGACAAGGUGUUUGGACCAGUACAAUCUCACGUGCACACGUUGGAACCACACAGAAGAAACUUGGACGAGAAUGGACAGGAAGAUAUCGUUGGCAAGUUUGAUAAUCAACGUGCCAUCGAGUUGGGUGUGCCUGCCGGCCCCCUCCGUGCCAAGAUUUGUAAAGGUCAGCCUGUUACAACUGCCAAUGGCACCGUUGUCACACCCGACCAAGUCAUGUCGCCCAGUGUGAUAGGUCCCGCCGUCUUGGUGAUCAGUAUUCCUCAUCGAUCCUAUCUCCAAGCUCUCCUAACCAACCCCACCAUCCAAGCCAACUGUUUUGAAGAUAGUGAUCUCUAUCAAAAGGAAAUGAGAUCAGGGUUGGUGUGUCACAUGGUGUCUGAAGAACUCAUCAACACGCCCGAGUACACUAGUUUUAUCAACAAAUUUGGGUCAAGAUGGCGUCACCUACUAUUCAACGAUCAAUGUGCCUAUCACGAGCUCACUGUCAAAUCGGCUCAAAUGACCAAUGCUCUCCAUGAAAUUGCACCAACCUAUUUCCAUCCUCUUCACACUUCUUAUCCAGAAAAACCAAUCACCUACAAGAACGUGUUUAAACAUGCUGACAAGGUUGACAGAGCUCGUUUCCAACAUGUAGUCUUUUUAAAUCCUCUAUCUCCCAUUGACCAAUCACCAGUAUUAGAUGCCAACAUGUGUACAGAGAGUGUAGAUACUUCAUUCUCUUAUGGUAUUCAAGAAAGUAGUGGUAAAGAGUUGUUGAUCUCCUCGCCAUCAUCACCAUCACCAUAUGUCCAACAGGUUGAAAAGAUGAUUGAAGGAUUAUCAAGACAAGAACUGGAAAUUGUAUUCCUCGGAACUGGGUGUUCUCAAUCUUCCGAGUAUCGUGAUGAAACAUGUAUCUAUCUCGAUCUAUUUGAAAAGGGAGGUAUCAUGAUGGAUGUUGGAGGUGGAAGUUACUCUCAAAUGUUUAGAAAGUAUGGUGAAGAGGUGACAACCAAGAAACUUGCAGCCCUAAGGUUUAUUUUCAUCUCUCACAUGCAUACUGAUCAUCAUGAAGGUAUUCAAAAGAUAUUAGAGAUGAGACACUUGGCAUUGGACAAGUUGGGAGUGGCCGAGGACGACAUUGAACGUCGUGAACUUGCCAUUCUAUCUCAAUCUGGUGCUCGUUUCUAUAUCUCUGAAAUACACAAUUCUCUAACACUUGGAAAGAAUCUUUGGUCGUAUGUACAGUACUAUCGUACUCCAAACAUCCAUGAAUCUGACGAUCCUCGUGUCGACCGUCUCUCCAAGUUCCUCAAAAAACACCUAUCCCUCGAAUCGUUCAAGGUGAUCAAUGUCAUUCACUCUUUUGGUGCUACUGGUAUUGAAAUAAAGAGUACUAGUGGGUGGUCGGUUGCCUAUUCAGGUGAUACUGCAUUCUGUCCAGCUCUCUACAAUGGUCUACGUGAUGUCACUGUCUUUAUCCACGAGGCCACCUUUACCGAUGACCAACACGAGUUUGCAAAGGCCAAGUCCCAUUGCACAUUUGGUCAAGCCAUCGAGACAUCCGAACAAAAAUAA